AUGUUGCGCCAUGUUGAAUCUCGGGGUGCUAUUCAAGGUUUGAGGAUCUGUAGGGGUGCCCCGUCCAUUAGUCAUUUGCUCUUUGCGGAUGAUACACUGGUUUUCUGUAAAGCAAAAGAAGGGAGUUGCAAGCUAUUGGAGACAUUCUGGAUAAUUAUCGGAAGCAAAAAUACAGGAGCUGAUUUAAAGAGGGCUCUUAGUUCAAAUCUAGCCAUUCCUGUUAGGGCUGAUUUGGGGAAGUACUUAGGGCUCCUGGCGGAGGUUGACAAAUCCAAAACAGAAAUUCAACUAUAUAAAGCAAAGAGUGCUGCAGAAGUUGGCGGGUUGGAAGGAGAAAAUUCUUAUUCAUGCCAAGAAGGAAGUCUUGCUCAAAUCGGUGGCAUUGGCGCUUUCUACUUAUGCUAUGAUGUGUUUUAA